AACUUCAAUCGUAACAGCAACAGCAACUGCAACCUUUUCGGGUUUAUCCCCAUAUUGGAUCAAUCUUUCAGCUCUUGAUUCCCCGAAUUGGAUCAACUCCGUUCAUCUUUCAAACCCUUAAUUCUUUUAAGCAUCCCAAUCUCAUCGCCCAACACACCCACAUAUGCAAUUGCAAUCGGAAGAAGAUAUGAUAUGAAGAACAACAGCAACAACAAUAUGGUGGCGGAUAAGACUCGGGCCCUGCCAGUCGAUCCCAAUCUUCCACGGUGGGUCUGCCAGAACUGCCGUCACAGUCUCUCCAUCACCGGCGUUGAUUCUUACCCUGAUAAAUUUUUCAAUGACUCUUCCACUUACCGAUCCGGGAUGCAGGGUUCUUCGAUGCAUGGAGCAGGCAGUGUGUUAGGCACACGCAUGGAUCAAUCAUUUGUUGUGUUGCCAAAACAACGGAACCAGUCAUCAGGCAUUCCUCCUCGUCCACGUAAUGGAGCUGUUAAUCCUGAGGCAAAUCAGUCUGGAAAAGCUAUGGAAGAAUCAUUUGUGGUAUUGCCUCCACCCGCCGCCUCUGUGUACAAAUCUGAGCCUGCAGCCGAUGGAGGUGGGACUCAUGUUCCAUCACAUGAGGGUGGAUCCAAUACUGCUCCUACACAAUCAAAUAACUCUGGGUUCCACUCGACCAUAAYUGUCUUGAAGCGUGCAUUUGAGAUUGCUACAACCCAAACACAGGUUGAGCAACCUUUAUGCCUCGAGUGCAUGAGGGUUUUAUCUGAUAAGCUUGAUAAGGAGGUUGAAGAUGUGAAUAGUGACAUAAAGGCAUAUGAAGCUUGCCUUCAGCGAUUGGAGGGAGAGCCACGAAAUGUGCUUAGCGAGGCUGACUUUUUGAGGGAAAAACUAAAGAUAGAAGAAGAAGAACGUAAACUUGAAGCAGCAAUCCAAGAAACCGAAAAACAAUGUGCUGAAGUAACUGGUGAAUUGAAGGAACUUGAGCUUAAAUCUAAUCGCUUUAAAGAGUUGGAGGAACGGUAUUGGCAUGAGUUCAAUAAUUUCCAGUUUCAGUUAAUAUCCCAUCAAGAAGAGAGAGAUGCAAUAUUGGCCAAAAUCGAAGUUUCACAAGCACAUUUAGAACUCCUGAAGAGAACUAAUGUCCUAAAUGAUGCGUUUCCAAUUUGGUAUGACGGGGAAUUUGGAACAAUCAACAAUUUCAGGCUGGGAAGACUUCCUAAAAUUCCGGUUGAGUGGGACGAGAUAAAUGCUGCAUGGGGGCAAGCUUGUCUUUUGCUUCAUACGAUGGCUCAAUAUUUCAGACCAAAGUUUCAAUACCGAAUAAAAAUCCUUCCUAUGGGAAGUUAUCCUCGAAUCAUGGACAGCAGCAACAAUACCUAUGAGUUGUUCGGUCCAGUGAAUUUGUUUUGGAGCACUCGAUAUGACAAGGCGAUGACAUUGUUCUUGACCUGUCUUAAAGACUUUGCAGAGUUUGCAAACUCUAAGGAUAAAGAAAACAACAUACCACCUGAAAAGUGUUUCAAGCUUCCAUACAAGAUUGAGAACGACAAAGUGGAAAGCUAUUCGAUCACGCAGAGUUUCAAUAAGCAGGAGAACUGGACGAAAGCUCUCAAGUAUACACUAUGUAAUUUGAAAUGGGCGCUCUACUGGUUUGUUGGUAAUACGAAUUUUCAGCCACUGGCUGCAACAGUACCUUCCUCCCAUUCAGCUGACGCUUCGGGGUCUUUAUACAGAAAGCGUGCACCUGAUCCCAAGUCCCACCAGCAGCAGCAGCCCUCUGCCCCCUAAUACUCCCCUCUAAAGCAUGAUAUACACACGCACACAUAUAUUUGUAUUUGAAUUGAAGAAGACCAAGAGAUUUGUAAAUAGGUAUGCAGCAGAUAAAGUAUGAUGUAGAUAUUGGGUUUGAAUUCAUGUUUCUAUGACUGACAUUGGUUGAUGAAUAUGUUAAAAUGAUCCAUGUAUGCCUAUCCAUUGGCCAAUUCCAAAUGUUGUUAUAAUUAUUUGAUAAAGAACAGUUGAGAUGAUUAA